AUGGACACUAUGGAUCUCGACAUGGAGAUGGAUGUGGAUGUUGACCUCGUUCCUGACGAGCCUAUAAUUCCCGAACCAGAGUUUGAAGACGCGCCUGGCAAUCGCUCACCCGGGGAAAUAGUAGACGACGAUACUCCUAUACCUGCCAAAGUCUAUAUCAGAGGCCUCGAUGUCAUGAAUCCCGAAGAGGUCAAGACUUAUGUAGCCGAAUACUUCCCAGAGGAACCAAUAGAGAGAAUAGAGUGGAUAGAUGAUUCCUCGGCCAACCUGUUAUUUAGUUCCGAAUCAGCUGCCUCGAGCGCGCUCGGCUCCUUAGCAGCCCAAGACAUAUAUGAUGUUUCUCAACUUCCUUUACGACAACUCUUAUCCGCCAAGCCCUUCUCAAAGAGGCCAGAGGUUAUGUUACAAGUCCGGUUAGCUGUCGCAUCCGAUAAGAAGCAAGUUGGCGCUGCUUCAAGGAGCCGCUUCUAUCUCCUAAACCCCGAAUAUGACCCAGAAGAACGGCGGCGGCGCAAUGAGGCCCGGAGGUAUCGCGACCGGGAUGGUGAUGGAUAUAACCGUAGGCGAACAAGGGAAGCCCGAAACCGGGAGUCUGAGGAACAAUUCGACGUAAACCUAUAUGACGAUGAUGAAGCCGCCUUAUCUCGUCGCGCGUCGUACUCACGACCUCAGCGCAGGCGGUCAUAUACACCAAACACGAGCGAAGAGGGAUAUGGGAGGGAUUCGUAUCGUCCUGACAAUCGCGGCAAAGAGCUAUUUCCUGGCAGCUCAAGCGGUCAGAACGAGUCUCGACGGAGGCGGUCAGCUUCACCCCGCGGUCGAGAUAGCGACCAGGCAAUGGACGACAUUGCGAGUGACGGGUUGGCAGCGCGAAAUCGGGACAAAGCACGUGCAAUCAAGAGCCGCAUGUCGCGUAGCAAUAGGGCUAGAGAGCUUUUCCCGGGCAAGUCAGGGGAGGGAUCCGGGCGACUCGGGGAUGAAAUAGAAGAUACGACUACUUUACUAGCCAAGGGGAUCAUGCUACCUCUGAUGGACGAGAGAAACGAUACACGAACAACGUCAGGGCGUAGGCUCGAGGAUAGGAUUACCGUUCCGGGGAAGAGUAAACUGGCAGACAGGAUUACAACUGUAGAGGAGGUUAGGGACUCUGGGUUCAAUAUUCGUGGAACAGCAAGCCAGAGGAGCGCCAACCAGGGGUUUGCAAUUAAGGGCAGUGCGGGCAAGUCAGCGAAGGAGCUAUUCCCCGAAAAACUAGGGGCCAAUUCCGGAAAAGAACUCUUCACUGAUAGACUUGAAGGAAGAUCAAGACAGCGGCAGAGAGCAGGAGACUUAUUUGACUGA